AUGAUUUUAGACGAUGACUACGCAAACCAGAAUACUGUAACUCGCGAUUUACUGAAGAACAAAUCACAAGAAGCAAUGCAACCUCUCGCAAAAACUUCAAGUCAACCACAUAACCCAGCUGAAUUAUUGGCCAACUCACCGGCUACGAAAUCUGGUUGGCUAUACAAAAGAGGUGAGCACAUCAAAACAUGGCGUCCACGGUACUUCAUUCUUGUGCAAAAUGGGCACUUAUACGGUUAUCGCAAACCUCCGACUGCUAAUGACAGUCAACAGGAAGAACCACUGAAUAAAUUUCAAGUGAUCGACUGUAGCGUUAUACGACAAGAUAAGGUUAAACAAAACGCUUUUGUUAUUCAUUUUAAUCAAAUGAAAAUCGAACGACUAUUCGCGGCUAGUAGCCAACAAGAUCGUGAAGAAUGGAUUUCAGCAAUUGAAAAAAUCAAUCAACAAACAACACCCCAUCUACAGCAUCAGUUGCAAACGCCGAAACAAUUCCAUAACCAAAUGGUUACAAACGAUAAUAGUGAUCAUAUGGAAGACCAUCGUCUGUUAAUGAAUGAAGUUUUCACACGAAGGCCUCAAAUCAAUGAUUUUGAAUAUUUGAAAAUUCUUGGCCGUGGAACAUUCGGUAAAGUUGUACUUUGUCGUGAAAGAACUACGCAGCGAAUCUUUGCAAUGAAAAUGUUGAGAAAAAGUCACGUAAUAACGAAUGGCGAGAUUGUACAUACGAUGGAGGAAAAUAAAAUUUUGCGACGAAUUCGCCAUCCAUUUAUAACAAAUUUAAUAUGUGCAUUUACUACAAGUGAUCGUCUUUGUCUUGUAAUGGAGUGUGUCAAUGGCGGCGAACUUUUCUUUCAUUUGAAUCGGGAGAAACGGUUCUCGGAAGAACGAACAAGAUUUUAUGUAGCAGAAAUUGCUUGCGUUAUUGGUUAUCUUCAUUCGAGGAAGAUCAUUUAUCGUGAUGUCAAAUUGGAAAACAUUUUACUUGAUCGGUUUGGUCAUAUAAAGCUAGUCGAUUUUGGUCUAUGUAAAACCAAUGUUCCAUUCGGAGAAACAACAGUAACAUUUUGUGGUACACCGCAAUAUAUUGCACCGGAGAUUCUUCGAAGGACAUCGUACACGAAUGCGAUCGAUUGGUGGGGAAUUGGUGUUAUUAUGUAUGAGUGUCUUGUUGGUCGAUUGCCGUUUGCGGAUAGUAAAAGUCAGGAAGGUCUCUUUCAGAAAAUUCUCAAUCAUGAACCAGUGUAUCCGCCGACAUUAUCUCCUGUAGCAAGCGAUCUAAUCAGGCGUUUUCUCAAAAAAGAACCAACUGAACGUAUUGGUUCGGGUAUUGAAGAUGCUGUUGAAGUUGAACGACAUCAAUUCUUUGGUGGCAUUCCAUUUCGCUUUUACGAAGAAAAGAAAAUUGAACCACUGUUCAAACCAGAAUUAGAUUCAGAUACUGAUACACGCUAUUUUGAUACUGAAUUUACGAACGAACCUGUUUGUGUAACUCCACCUGGUAGCACAGACUCUUUGAAUGGUCUUGGCUUACCAGAUGACGCUUUUGAACGUUUCACCUAUGUUGGCAAUGAUGGGUUAAGUCAUUUCGCAUCUCGAUCGAUUCUUUCAAUGGCGUCCUCACAUGCUGCUCGUUCUCAAUCAAAUAUUUAUCUCGACGACCCCGAUUAUUAUCACCAACAACUCAAUGCUCCUAAUCUGCAAACUCAACAUUCGGUUUCGACCUACAACAUGCCAUCAUUGGUUGCAUCAUCGACAUCCAUUCGUCCGAAUUCAUCGGCACGAAUGAAAAAUGCCACGAGUAUGCAACAAUUAAAAGAAUCAACCAAUAAUCGCAUUCCUAAUCGCCCAUGGGAAACAACUGAGCAGCAAAACAUGAUUAUGGACCAAGAUGAGCAACAACGACAAUCAACAUUAUCAAUUCCCGACGUUUAUCGACAACAACUAAUAAAUGAACAUCUUAUGUGUAUUCAACAAAUGAUGGCUAGUGGACAAAAUUUUGCUUCUAUGUUCAAUGACGAUCCUGUGUUUGCUCAACAGUUCAUGGCUUAUUUAUCAUCUGGUGAUCAGCAAGACGACGACUACGAUGUGAUGGAAAUCACUGAUGAAUAA